AUGGCUGACGAAGACUCCAAGUCAAUCAAACGAACACACGAGGACUUCACGGGACAAGAUGAUGACAGCUCCUCCGACGAUGAUAUGGGUCCUCAGCUUCCCAGUGAGGCUCCGAAGAAGAAGCGCCGAGUCCUCCCAUACGAAAAGCUUUACAUCGCCGCCCUACCCAAGUCCUCUCGAUACUCGAAGUCCCUGAUGCACAAGGAGCAGCUAUCCUUCGUGACCGUUACGCCCUUGACCGACUUUAUCAUAACUUCCUCGACCGACGGGGUUGUAAAGUUCUGGAAAAAGGUGGCAGAGGGCAUUGAGUUCGUCAAGGAGUUCAAGGCACACAAUGGCGAGAUUAAAUCAGUCUCAGUCAGCCAGGAUGGAAGAAGCUUCGCGACAGCUGGAGAGGACGAGACCAUCAAGAUCUUUGAUGUUAUCACUUUCGAUCUGUUAGCCAUGUUGAAGCUCGCUUUUGUGCCUCGGUGCAUCUGCUGGGUCCAUAACAGGGGCGCUUCGCUACCGCUGCUCGCUGUCUCCGAGGACGCGAAUUUAAACGUCCACAUUUUCGACGGGAGGGGAGAAAGACAGGAUCCCAUUCACACGAUCAAGUCGCUUCACAGAAGCCCUGUGUCGAUAAUGGCCUUCAACAGCGUCUACGACUGUGUGGUCUCGGCCGACGACAAGGGUAUGUUGGAGUAUUGGCGGCCAAGUGGGGACUACGAGAAGCCCGACAACGUCUUCGAGUUCAAGGCCUCUACGAAUCUCUUCGAAUUCAAGAAGGCAAAGUCAGUUCCCACGUCAAUCACCAUCUCACCGACGGGCAAACAUUUCGCAACCUUCUCCCAACCCGACAGAAAAAUCCGCAUAUUUGACUUCGCGUCGGGCAAACUUUACAGGACUUACGACGAGUCCCUGCAAGUCAUUGAGGAGAUGCAGCAAGCUGGAUCUGGACUUCAGAAGCUGGAUCCUGUUGAGUUCGGGCGCCGAUUUGCGGUGGAGCGCGAGAUUGACUCCCCAGCAUACAAGCACAAGGCCAAUGUUAUUUUCGACGAAUCUGGCAACUUCAUCCUCUACGGCUCCAUUGUUGGCGUCAAGGUGCUCAACACUUAUACUAACCAAGUAGUCAAGGUAUACGGCAAAGAAGAAAAUUUCAGAGCCGUCAACUUGGCGAUAUACCAAGGUCAACCUCAGAAGAAGGGCAUUACCACUGUAGAAAUGGGUGCCUCGAGCAACCCCCUACUUCAGGAGUCAGAGUCGCGAGAUCCGAUUCUGAUUGCCACAGGCGUGAACAAAGUGCGGUUUUACAUGUUCACCAAUGACGAGGACAUAUCCAAGUCGGUCAGAGAUGUGCAGAACGAGAAGCCAACUAUGCUUGGACAGAAGAAGGCUGCCGAGGCUAAGAAGGCAGAGACUGGAACCGCAGCGGUGAUCCACACGACAUACGGCGACAUCCAUAUUCGCCUCUUCCCUGACGCGGCACCGAAAACCGUCGAGAACUUCGUCACUCACUCGAAGAAGGGAUACUACAAUAACACCAUCUUCCACCGUGUUAUUCGAAAAUUCAUGAUCCAGUGUGGUGACCCCCUGGGCGAUGGUACCGGCGGCGAGAGUAUUUGGGGCAAAGAGUUCGAAGAUGAAUUCAGCAGCUUGAAGCACGACAAGCCAUACACUGUCAGCAUGGCUAAUGCAGGCCCAAACACCAAUGGCAGUCAGUUCUUUAUCACCACAGAAAAGACGGGUCUGGACGUCAUUCACAAAAUCGAGAACGUCCGGACGUAUAAGGAAAAGCCUGAGGAGGACAUCAAGAUCCUGAACAUCGACAUCGUGUAG